AUGCAAUGCCUUCUUCUUGAUGGACCUUGGUCGGUCAACGGAAUUAUCUUGCAACUCUCGCCGUGGAAGCCGUUCUUCGAGCCCACAUUUGCUAAGCUUUCCUCUGCAGCUAUUUGGAUACAACUUCACAACCUUCCUGUUGAGUUCUGGGAAGGAGAGACCUUGGAAGCCAUUGCUAAUCAGUUUGGGACCCUUCUUAAAGUUGAUGAAUUUACCGCUGCUCUUACCCGAUCCAAAUUUGCUCGCAUCUGUGUUGAUGUUGAUCUGUCCAAACCUCUCAGUAGAGGUUUUUGGAUAGGCGACGAUCACCAUCGAGUCUUUGUCAUCGUUUUGUAUGAGCGCUUACCUACCUUUUGCUAUUCCUGUGGUUUGAUCGGUCAUGGGACCAACUCUUGUAAUUCUUCUGCGACUCCCGGUGCUGCUAGACCUAAUCCGUCUCGCCCAGUGUGGCAGACUGGAACUGGAUCUAGUUUGAAAAAGCAGAGCGCUUCAUUCCAAGGCGUCAGACCUCCCCACCUCCCACUCUUCGGGUCCUCUCUCCAGCCCCCUUUCACCUCCUCUUCCCAUCCAAACCCUUGUUCUCAUUCAGAUCUAGUCGAGAAAAUUUCCGCUGCUCUUGAGGUGGAGGGCAUGGAAGAAGAUGACUGUCAGGAUGAGGAUUUCUCUGAUGAAGAUGAUGACAAUGAGAUGUCGGAGGAAGAGAUCCUUCCUGAUAGUCCGGAUGAUGAUAUGACUUUAGCUCGAUACCAAACCGAGGCGGGGACGUGA